UCAUUUCAGGAUCAUGAUUGCCAGCCAAGAGAGGCAGCUGCCGAUUAAUUUGACCACAAACUAUCCUGAUGUGUUGGUAGUUAUUGGGAAAACACUUUUAGGAAAGAGUUCCAGAAAGAAGUCUAGCAAUCAGAAAGCAGAAAAAGUCUUUUCCAUAGCAGCAGCGUGAUUGCUGAAUUCAGGAGGAGGAAUUUUGAGAAUGGAGCAUGAGGACAGGAAUUACUUCUUCUGGGAGCAUGGCAUUUGUGGAGACAUAGAGACGAGCCUCAGGGAUUGCACUGGCAGAAGAAAGGCUCAUCCAUACUUUGAACGGAUGCAGCAGGGGAGUAACCUGCUGCUUUUUGUUAAAACAUGGAGCUGUGGAGGCCCGGAGCUGGGAGGUGCAGCCACAAAGUUGCACUGCUGCAGCUUAACCACUGAUUUGUUUUAUAGGUCUGGCACGUCGGUUUAUCCUGUGACUUCCAGAGAAGCUCCUGAAUUCCUGAGGAAGAAAAACUGUGUCAAGUGCCACAAAGAGAAUGGACUGACCCCCAAGAGAGAUCAGCUGAGUUUUGAUGGGGGAGCAAAAGAGACUCCUCCGAACAUCCAAGAGCACAACAUCCAAGAUACUGUGACCAGGUUUAUAAAGAAAGUUGAAGUGCUGGUUGGGGAGGUCCUGGGUUUCACACAGGCAACACAUAUUGAAUUUAAGGAAUGCAGUACAAAGAGUAGCCUGUAAUACAUCAGAAAAAACUUUCCUAAAUAUGUCUCUGCCUUUGCAAACACUGAGGGUGGAUAUUUAUUUUUUGGUGUGGAUGACAACUGUAAAGUCACUGGGACCCACAGUAAUGUGGAGAAAGUAGCUUUAGAACAAACAGUAGCUGAUGCCAUCAGCUCAAUGUGUGCCCAUCACUUCUGUGGCUCUGGGGCUGGCAUGCAGAUCCAGGUGCACAUCCUGGGUGUUUAUGACCAAGCAGGCUAUUCACAGGGUUAUGCCUGUGCCAUGCACAUUGAGUCAUCUGGCUGCACUGUGCUCGAUGGUGACCCUGAAUUCUGGAUGGUGCUGGGCACUAUCAGGGAGGAGAGUGUGGGGAGCUGGGCACUGACUAAAAGACUGAGCAGCCGGAAAUGGAUGGAGUUCAUGACAGCUGCAGACCCAGAUAAAUAAAACCCGCAUUUAUGUUAGCAUCAACUUAAUUUCUGUGUUCUGCUGCAAACAUUCAGGAGGAAAGAUCAACUUCUUUUCAGGGUGUUCUCACCACACCUAGAAAGGGCCAUUUGACCCAUGCCCAGCCACAGGCACUGGGAUGAUGGUGUAGUUAGUGGCCUGCAGCAGCACCUCUAUCCCUGAACUCAUUCAGCAGGACUUCUUGAAGCACUCCCAAUUGUAGAAUCACGGAGUGGUUUGGGUUGGAACACAACAGCCCACAAGACACUGGGUUGCCAGGCUUUCCUUCAUAUGGAAAAGGGUCAUCAAUUUGUGGUCAGGCGCUGUAAUCCAAAAAUGGGAUUCUGCCUCCUAAACUUGUGAAUAUCAGAGGAUUCCUUCCAGAUGAAAUCUGCCAGGCUUUGGCUGGCCUUGGACUCCUGGGGACUGUGUCUCAACUGUCCCUGAGACAGCGGGUUGCGAGGCUUUCCUUCCUCUGGAAAAGAGCUAACAUUCACAGUCACACUCUUGGGGCUAAAAGUGGGAUUCUGCCUCCUAAAAUUGUGAACAUUGGAGGAUUGUUACAAGAUGAAAGCUGCCACAAGUUAUGGCUCUGGCUGGCUUUGGGCUCCUGGGAGCUGCCUCUGAACUGCUCCUGAGAUACUGAGUUGCUGGGUUAGGUGCAGUUGUAAGGGGUAAUGGUUAGGGUAGUUAAAAAUGGUAAAUUUUCUUAUGUUUUAUACAUACAUGUUUUAUAAACAUUGAUUUCCAAAUGCAACCCUUUAUCUACUGUUUUAUAUGCAGGAUCUUAAGAGUAUAAGAAAUUGUAAAUACGCAUAUUAUCUUAAUACACAGCGUUUGAAAAU